ACGCAUUCUCCUUUUGCAAGUGUAGCUAUUCGUAUACAUUAAUAAAUGGGUGAUAGAUUAAAUAUAAUAGGAUAUUAUAGAUGGUUGAUACAUCUGUUCAGCUUCAGUAACUUUGUAAAAGAAAUUAUUUAGAUAAUUUUUUUUUAGAUAAAGUUAAAUUUUUAAAUUAAUCAAUCGGAAAGUAUUAAAAAAUACCCAGUAAGAAAAAUAGUUAAUUUAUAAUAAAUAUUACUUAAUAAUAUUUUUUUCAAUAGAAAAAAAAUAGUAAAAAUGCUGCAUUUAAACAAUGUGCCAGAAGAUUACGUGAAGAACACGGCCCAAUGUGCUCAACUGGCGCUGGGUUGCAGCCGAGCUGCUCACCAGACAGCACUGCGAGGAUCCUCGAACCUGAGCCCUCAAUUGGCAUCGCUGACUCCUAAGGUCCGAGCUUUCGUGGAACGCAGCGUGGCUCUCUGUCAACCAGAGCACGUGCAUGUGUGUGAUGGGUCUGAUGCUGAGGCAACCGCGCUGUUGCAGCUCAUGCAGCAGCAGGGCACGUUGAAGCAGCUGCCCAAGUAUGAUAACUGCUGGCUGGCACGUACCGAUCCCGCUGAUGUAGCUCGAGUCGAGUCUCGUACCUUCAUCUGCUCGGAGAAGGAACGAGACAUAGUACCAGUGGCGAGGGCUGGCCAGAAGUCAGCCCUUGGUAACUACAUCAACCCCGACGACUACGAGAAGGCUGUGGCCGAGAGGUUCCCAGGAUGUAUGAGAGGUCGUACGAUGUACGUGAUACCGUUCUCUAUGGGGCCAGUUGGGUCCCCUCUCUCCAAGAUCGGUGUGGAGGUCACUGAUUCCCCCUACGUCGUCUAUUCCAUGCGAGUCAUGACAAGGAUUGGAAGUAAAGUGUUGGAGGUGCUCCGUCAAGACGAGACGUUCGUUAAAUGCUUGCACGCGGUGGGCACGGGCGCCGGUGUGCCCGGCUGGCCCUGUGAUCCCCCGCGCACCAUCAUACUCCAUAAGCCGGCCGACAACGAGAUCGUCAGCUAUGGAAGUGGUUACGGAGGUAACAGUCUCCUAGGCAAGAAAUGCUUCGCCCUGCGUCUGGGCUCCGUGAUUGCUCGCCGCGAGGGAUGGCUUGCUGAACAUAUGCUGAUCGUCGGCAUAACGGACCCAAAAGGCCGCAAGCGGUACAUUGCAGCGGCGUUCCCUUCUGCCUGUGGAAAGACCAACUUGGCCAUGAUGACACCUACUCUGCCGGGGUACAAAGUGGAGUGCGUCGGUGAUGACAUCGCAUGGAUGAAGUUUGAUAAGAACGGAGUGCUGAGAGCUAUUAAUCCAGAGAAUGGAUUCUUUGGUGUAGCGCCAGGCACAUCAACAUCAACAAACCCCAUUGCGAUGGCAACAGUGUUCAACAACACUGUAUUCACAAACGUUGCGGAGACACAGGACGGUGGAGUGUGGUGGGAGGGUAUGGGCCCAGCACCCGCUAACCUAACCGACUGGAAGGGACAAUCAUGGACUCCUAACACUCAAACUCCUGCUGCACAUCCCAAUUCCAGAUUUUGCACACCAGCAAAUCAAUGCCCAAUUAUCGAUGAUGCUUGGGAAAGUUCAGAAGGUGUUCCCAUUUCUGCUAUCUUACUUGGUGGCCGUCGGCCUACUGGCGUACCGUUGGUAGUUGAAGCGCGGGAUUGGAGACACGGUGUGUUUAUGGGUGCUACUAUGAGAUCUGAAGCAACCGCUGCUGCCGAACAUAGUGGAAAAGUGCUAAUGAACGAUCCGUUUGCCAUGCGACCAUUCUUCGGAUACAACUUUGGCGAGUACCUGAAGCACUGGCUCUCUAUGCCACAAAAGGGACGAAAAAUGCCUAAAAUAUUCCACGUCAACUGGUUCAGGAAAAAUGAUCAGGGCAAAUUCCUCUGGCCUGGUUUCGGCGAAAACUCUCGCGUAUUAGACUGGAUACUACGUCGUUGCGAUGACGAGCCCUGCUAUGUCGACACACCACUUGGAUAUGUACCGAGGGACGGCGAUCUGAACACACAAGACCUGGGUCCAAUCGAUAUAAAGACACUAUUCAGCAUACCCAAAGAUUUUUGGCUGCAAGAGGCGGAAGCGAUUGGGAAGUAUUUCAAAGAGGAAGUUGGAGAAGAUUUACCUAAAGAGAUGUGGGAUGAAUUAGAGACUCUCAGGAAAAGAGUCCAACAAUCAUAGACCAAAGAUAGUAGCUAAUACUCUAAUUGAAAUACGUGGAAAACAUUCCUUGAUAUUUAAAUAAUGUUAGUUUAUAAGUGAGACGAUAUCAUUUUAAAUUGAACAUUAAGUGUAAAAAUUACUAAAUUUCAUUUGUACUGAACAGAUCUUUUUAAAAUACGUAUUACAGAAAAUUAAGUGUGAUGGCUGUGUUAUAUAAAUUCUUAAUAAAUAUAUAAUUUGAUACAUAAACAAUAAUACAUAUUUUAUAUAAUAUUAUGAAAUUAAAUAUAUAUUAUUAAAAUUAACAAAUAAUAAUAAAAUACAAAAUAAUAAGA